CUGCUGUGGUGAGGGUGAAGGAAGCUGCGAGCAGUAGCUUGUGUGUCGAGAGAAGCCACAAGGAAUCUCGGCCGUAUGGGUGGGAAGAGAGUCCCACAGAACGCUUAUUUCUGCUUGCAGACUGCCAGCAUCCCAUGAGGAAGUUAACUUUGCAACAUCCACAGCAGCUUGCAUCCUGGUGAGAGAGCACAGAGCCUUCUGGAAUCUGAGCGCUCAGGAGUGCCAGAGCAGAGUGUCUUUGCUGUCAGGAGAAGGGGAGCAGAGGAUCUGUGGAAAGGUAUCUGAAUUCCCUCAUGAGAAGUGUCCUCCCUGCCUCUCAUGUGCAGUGCUUCCUGUUCAUGGGUGGUACCAGCUUCACUGAUGCCCUGAAGAGUAUUCCUCACCAUGGAUAGUCCACCCAAGCUGACUGGUGAGACGCUGAUUGUCCAUCACAUUCCCCUGGUGCACUGCCAGGUCCCUGAUAGACAGUGCUGCUCCAUGAGCAAAAGGACCAACCCCUUCUGCCAGCCAGAGCUCAGCAUUACAAGGACCUCUGCCCUUCCAGACAGAGAUCUGUCACAGACUGACUCCUUGGUGUACAGCAGCUUUCUCCAGACCUCUGAAACCUCAGCUGAGGCCUCAGACAACAAAGAAAGAAAAGCAAGGGAUCUGAUUGUCCCUAGUGUGAGUAAGCGACACAACCCUUUCCUGCUGAGUGAGGGUGAAGACCUCAGUAUUUUUGGGGAUGACUUGGGUCAAAAAUCUUUCCACCUUCACAACUCACUCGUCGAUGGCAAACCUCCCUUCAAUCUGCAGGAUCUGGCCUUGCCCCCUUUCCACCUCCAUGACUCCAACCACAUUGUGAAAUCCUGGAACAUGGCCAGCCGGUCUGGUGUGGUGGAUGGGCAGGAGGACAAACUCAGCAGUGAUGACAUCCAGAAGAGGAACAAUGCAAACAGGUGCCACCAGGCCUCGGAGCACAUGGAACUGGAUGAAUGCAGCUGCCAUCGUGGCAGCUCCUCCAGCUUCUCCUUUGACAGUGGUGACCAAGAGUGGAACCAGAACACAGGUGAACCACUGAGGAAUCAGGAUGCCCUGCACAGGACAUGCAGUUGUUCCAGCUCAGAGAUCCAGCACUGUCGCUGCUACAGUUCAUCAAGUCAGUCUGAAGUGAUUGACCAACAGAUGGGCUACAUCAGUGACUCUUCUUGCAACAGUUCUGAUGGGGUCCUGGUGAACUUCAGUGCUCUCUACAACAAAAUGAAUGGUCAGUCUCAAUCCAACCUGAAUUCAGCUAACCUGUCCUGUGACUCUUCCUUCUGCAGCCACUCAGACACAGGAGCUUUUUACCUGGACUUACAUUCAUCACCCACUGAAUCCAAGAUGUCUUGCGAGUCGCAUAACCCAGAAAAUUCAGGGAAGGUGUGUGGGUGUCAACACUCCUCCUCACCUGUCCUUGAUGCUAACUGCAACUCCUACCACCUCCACUGUGAGCCUUGCACAUCAGAGAGCUCAGACCUCACUGCUUGCUUCCAGAGCCAAGCACGGCUUGUUGUGGCUACUCAGAAUUACUAUAAGUUAGUCACAUGUGACUUGUCUUCCCAGUCAUCCCCCAGCCCUGCGGGAUCUUCCAUAACUAGCUGCUCAGAAGACCAGACCAAGGGUAGCCCAGCCCAGCCCACAGAGUACUAUCUGUUCAGAAGGCCUGACCUGAGACAAGAAGAAGGCAAUGUAGAGUGCAGUGAGGAGGAGCCAAAGGGAGAAUCCAGCCAGAACAUGAUUGAGGGUCAGGUCUAUGUCAAUGUGUCACCACCGAACCUCAACACAAGCCGGCAGCGCUCCAGGAGCUAUGAUCAGAACCUGGACAGGAGUCCUGGCAGCAGGCUGGGCUCCUUGGAGCGCAUGGUGAGCUGUCCAGUCAAGCUGAGUGAAAGUCCAGCAAUUCCCAUUCAGAGCUCUCCCCCCAAGAGGGUGACAUCAUUCGCUGAACUGGCUAAAGGACGGAAAAAGAACGGCACCUCCCCACCACUCCGCUCUAGUGGUGAUUCUUCCCUGGAGUUCUCUCCUAUCCCUGAGACUCAGCGGGAUUGCCCAGCCUUCCUUGAAGAAAGAGCUCGGCGCAGCCAGAGUCUUCCACCCAUGCCCUUCAUCCAUGGCCUGAACCGGAGCUGCGAGGGCUUCUGUUUGAAUCAUGCUUUUGGGGACAGCCAGGCUUUGUGUUCCACCAAGGACUCGAUCACCAGUGAGAAGGUCCCCAGUGGGCAUGGGGCAGGUGAGCAAGCCUCUCUCUCCCUGCUGACGGAGGCAGAUGCCAGCUUCUCGAGUGGCUCUGCCAGUGGCCACAGACAAAAAGAUGUUAGAGCUCAAGCAGACGGUGGUGGCACAGACAGCAAACCUGUGGUACGCUACAGCAAGGACCAGCGUCCCACGACUCUGCCCAUCCAGCCCUUUGUUUUUCAGCACCAUUUCAGCAAGCCACCCAGGGCACGUGCCCUGCACAGCCAUUUUGCCUCCAGCCUUUCCCAGCUCUACAGCUUGUCCAGCAACCGGUCUGCCAGCCAGCAGAUCUCCAGUUCCCAGUCCUCAGCCUUGGCCACCUCGGCAGAGCAGGUGGCAGUGGCGGGGAGCCAAGGCCAUGGCACGCUCGUGACCCAGCGCUCAGCAGACGGAGCUGCUUCACGCGGCGAUGGGGGCGUCAAGAAGCUCGGCCCUGAAACAACCCGUCCAUCCCCGCUGGGCAGUUACUCCCCUGUGCGAUGCAACGUGCCUUUCUUCCAAAGCGUGGACUCCUCUUCCUCACCCACUGCAGAGAGAGCUGAAGACUGCCAGCCCCCCAGAAGCAGGUCCUGCCCCAUCUCUGCUAACCUGCUUCCCACAAGGUCGUCCCCGGCUGUCAGUGCCGUGCAGCCCUCCAAAGCCACCAAAGCUGACACCCUGAGGCAAAAGGAGAACCCCAAGCUGAUUCCCAAGAAGGAGGCUCAGCUGGAGCCAAGCCCACCACUCUCCGAGUACCGACUCCACAGUGGGUCCCUCCCGCCCCUCUCGGUGGGUGCCAUGUCCAUGAGCAGAGUAGGAGGCCAUGCAGAUUCACACUGGAGAAGUGGCAGUGAGACCAGCAGCUCUGGUCCCCUGAGCAGCAUGGGAAUACGACCUGUCAAUGCGAACCACCUCUCCCCCCAAGCACUGAAGUGGAGGGAGUACAGGCGGAGGAACCCCCUGGGUCUGGACCGUGUUUCAGGGCUGCCCAGCUUAGCGGGCAGCCUGGACAGAAGGCAGCAAGAGCCUCGGCUGAACCGGGGCAACCCCGUCUUUGAGUUCCCUGGCGCUCUCAGCACCAGCCAUUUCCACUGCAAGCUGAACGGACAGUCUAUGAGGCAACUCCAGCUUACCUACAAUGACUUUUUCCCUGACUACUUCUCGCUAGCAGAGAAACCACCUGCUGAGUUCUGCCUCUCCCCAGAUGGCAAUACAGAGUCCAUCUCCAUCGACUUGCUGCAGAAGAAGGGUCUGGUGAAGGCUAUCAACACUGCUGUUGACCUGAUUGUGGCUCACUUUGGAACCAGCAGGGAUCCAGGGGUGAAGGCCAAACUUGGGAACAGCUCUGUGAGCCCCAAUGUGGGGCAUCUCAUCCUGAAAUACCUGUGCCCUGCAGUCCGGGACAUUCUGAGUGACGGGCUCAAGGCUUACGUCCUGGACAUGAUCAUUGGCCAGAGGAGGAACAUCCCCUGGAGUGUGGUGGAGGCAUCCACCCAGCUAGGUCCUUCUACAAAGCUCCUGCACAGCCUCUACAGCAAGAUCAGCCAGUACACAGAGCUCACCAACCAUACCAUGAGGUUCAAUGCAUUCAUCUUCGGCCUCCUCAAUAUCCGGUCCUUGGAGUUCUGGUUCAACCACCUUUACAACCAUGAAGACAUCAUCCUGGCACAUUACCAGCCAGUGGGCUUCUUGUGCCUGUCUCACAGUGUGUGCCAGCCUCUUUUUGAGGAGCUCCUGCUCCUGCUCCAGCCUCUCUCCCUGCUGCCCUUCAACCUAGACCUCCUCUUUGAGCACCACCUCAUGCAGAUGGGCAAAGAGCAGCAGCAGCAAAAGGAGCUGCUGCGUGUGAAGCAGGAUCUGCUGCUUUCCGUGCACUCCACCCUGCAGCUGAUGCGGACCCGGGGCAGCAAUGGUGACAUCUCACCAGGGCACAGCCCACAGCAAGCUGUGAGUGAGAAGAGGGUCAAAGGGGUGGGGGCCUCCUGCGGAGAAGGUGACAGGGAGGAAGAGCAGAACAAGACAAGAGAGAGCACCUGGGAAGGGAAGAAGGACAAGCAGGCAGGCUGGUGGUACCAGCUCAUGCAGACCUCUCAGAUUUACAUCGAGAGUUCAACUGAAGGCUCCAAGUUCAUCCGCUCUGAGAAGAAGGCAGCUGCUUUGAAUCCUGCACCCAGGUCAGUGCAGACCCACAAGGCACCACCUCCCCGAGAAGGGGUGGUGGAGGGUGCAGAGGCUUGUCCCAUUGCUGAGGAAGUGAAGGAAUGGAGCUGGCCCUUUUGGAUGGGCAGCCCCCCAGACUCUGUGCUUACAGAGCUAAAGCGCAGCAAGGAGAAGGAGGCUCAGCAAAGAGUGGGAGCAGCAGCAUCCCCCCAAGAGGACAACAGCACCAGUGCAUCACAGGGCAGCCAGCCCAUCAAGUGGGGACACUUGUUUGGGUCCAGGAAGGUACAAAAAGAGUCCAAGCAGCCAAACAGGUUGCCCUCUGGCUGGCUGAGCUUGGACAAGUCUGUGUUCCAGCUGGUGGCCCAGACUGUUGGGGCCAGCAUGUGGCGUGAAGCAGCCCCGGAGCCAGACCCUCCCCAUCCUGAACCACCUGAGGCACCUGCUGUGGCACGACCAGCCAGGGGGAUGUCUCCUCACCCUGCCUGUGAGGUGAAAGCUCUUUGCCAUCACAUUGCCACUGAGGCAGGACAACUGAGCUUCAACAAAGGGGAUAUUCUGCAGGUCAUCUCCAAAGUGGAUGGUGACUGGCUGCAGUGCAGCCUUGGCUCCAACAAGGGACUGGUGCCCAUCAUGUAUGUCACCCACCCCGAGGAUGAGGACUAUUGACAUAUUUAGGAGGCCAAGCACAGUUUCCUGGGCUGCUGAGGCUCCUCUGGGGUAGCCUACCCUGCUAGAGGAACAAACACAGCUUCUUGCUAGUUUCUUACCUUUCCUGCCAUUACAGAAUACAGUAACCAUAAGGUGGUUCCUUCUUGCUCCUCCUUGUGCAGCUGCCAAAGGCCAACUUAGCCCCCUGGGCUUUUCUGUGAGCUGCACCUUGUAUUGCCAGGCAUCACCAUGCAUGCAGCCACACCAGGGACCACCUGACCCCCCCUUCCACCCCACACUGUCUCCAGCACCCACAGGCCAUGGACUUGUACCUUCCAGGAACCCAAGCAGUCCCUGCCAGGGCAGCACUGCCCCGCUGCCCAGCUCUUGGAUGCAGGAUGGUGCAGGAUGCUGGCUGUCCCCUCCCUGGGGGUGGCAGUGCAGUCUGCAGCCUCCAGCAUCCCCGGCACCCUCAGCCUCAGGGGUGGGAGCACCCUGCGUUGGCAGGGUCCCUGUGAGGCUGGGCUGAUUUGUUGUGUUUACUGGGGCACUGCCAGGUCGGCUCCCCCACGCUGGAGUAUCCCUGUCCUGGUGUGCUGUGGUGGUUCCUGGUGGGCUGUACUGGGACAAGUGGCCUGGCAGUGCCACACUGCAGGGCUGGGGCUGUGCGUGGCCACAGCCAGGGCAGGGGGACGGGGUACGUGUGUGAGUGUGGAGCAAAAGGGUGUGCGGGGUUGUGAGGAAGGCACGGGGUUGUUCAGUGUUAUGUAGG